AUGGCAAAUCAAACAGGCAUGAACAACCUGACUACCCUCAUCAAACGGUCAGUCACUCUUUCCGACUCCCUCUCCCUCAUACCACGGUCAUUCGUAAACUAUUCGCACCAUGGCGGAGAAAUCCCGCUUCUCAACCAUCAGCCCCGUGGCUACUGUGCCUGGAGACAAUCGGCUAAAUCUUCUCCUCCGCAGGCUUGAAGCAGCGACCUCCCGAUUAGAAGAUAUUGCGUCUUCCUCUCAGUCCCUCGAUGCGCCCGACGCCAAUGGCUCGACAUCCGCUGCGGCGCAGGGGCCGGCCAACAAAGCAUUGUCCAGCGCUUCCGAUCUCCCUACAGUCUCACAUACCGUCAGUGGACAGAGCCAAGCAACGGUGAAGGCUCCUGCUGAAUCCUUGUCGCCGGCGAUCAGUGACAUGGAUGCCAUCAUAAACGGAGAAGUUCAGGCAUUCAUGGAGGCGAGCAAAGGAAUUGAUCCCUUGGUUCAAGAGCAGGCAGAAGCAGUCGCAAAGGGCUUUGCGGACCAGAGACGCUUCUUGCUUGUGACGACCAAGGCGAAGAGACCGGAUCCGCAGUCACAAACGUUCAUGGACCUCUUGAAAGACUUGCAGCAGGAUUUGGGAUCAGCUGGUGACAUUAAAGACAGCAAUCGGGCUUCGCCAAUGAAAGAGCAUCUGGCUAUGGUUGCAGAGGGCAUAAGCACCCUACAAUGGCUGGUCAUGGACGGCAAACCGGCAGAUGUCGUCGGCGAAAUGAUUGGUGGAGCACAGAUGUACGGCAAUCGUGUAUUGAAGACCUAUAAGGAAGGGUAUGUUGGAAUCCGGAAGAAUCGUUUGACACAGAAGCUCAUUUGUUCUCAGGGAUCAAGCCCACGUAAAGUUCGUGCGCUCCUACUACGCUCUGCUUGAAGCACUGAAGGGGUACAUCAAGAAGCAUUAUCCAACUGGCGUGACCUGGAACACUGCUGGAAUCGAUGCGGCGCAAGCCAUGCGGGAAGCGCACGGCACGUCUGCGACAAACGGCACACCCGCACCACCUCCGCCAUCUGGUGGUGCUCCGCCUCCGCCUCCACCCCCGCUCCCGAAAUUCGACAACGUACCUCCUCCACCUCCGCCGCCGGGCGGUGCGCCGGUGCCCAAGGCAGGCAGCGGCAGUGAUAUGGGUGCUGUCUUUGAGCAGUUGAAUAGAGGAGAAGCAGUCACAGCAGGUCUGAAGAAAGUGGACAAGAGCCAGAUGACGCAUAAGAAUCCGUCACUACGCGCAAGUUCUACGGUAGGCUCAGAUAUUAGCCGGAGUAGGAGUCCGGGCCCAGAAGUUAAGCCUAAGCCAUCGAAUAUGCGUCAAAACAGCACCAUCAGCAGUACUUCCACCAAGAAGGAGGGCAAGAAAGAGCUGGACGGCAACAAGUGGCUCAUCGAAAACUUCGAUUCUCCUUCCGCACCCGUCGAAGUCGAGGUCAGCCUCACACAAUCACUUCUUAUUACCAAAUGCAAGAACACCACCAUCAUUCUCAAGGGCAAGGCAAAUGCGAUCUCGAUCGACAACUGCCCUCGAACACAGAUCCUCGUCGAGACUCUCGUCUCGUCUGUGGAUGUUAUCAAGAGCCCGAACUUCGCCGUUCAGAUCACUGGGACUGUACCGACAAUAAUGCUCGACCAGGUGGACGGAGCCAGCGUCUAUCUGGGGGCCGAGAGUCUCAAUACCGAGGUCUUCACCAGCAAGUGCAGCUCCAUCAACAUUGUGCUCCCGCCCAAGAGCGAAGACGCAGAUAGCAAAGAAUGCCCGCUGCCUGAACAGAUUCGCACCUACCUCAAGGAUGGCAGGCUUGUCAGCGAGAUCGUGGAGCAUGCUGGGUGA